AUUUAGCUGAUAUUUGUACUUUGGGGUGAAAGAAGAUGAUCAAGAAGGUACAGAGAAUGCUUCUGAGCGAUUCAUCCAAUAAGCAUUUUCGAGUGAGAAGCUCCUUUCUUGUAACCUUUCUAAUGUGCCUUCGAAAGUUUUGCACCAAGAGAAAGUUGAAGAGUAAGAAGCGCAAGCGGAUUCAAAAAAGGUGAAAGAAAGCACCAAAUAACACUGCAUCCGCUCAAACAAUGCAGAUCCAUUAUGAAAGUGGUGAAAAAGCCAGAGAUUCUCCAUGCCCAACUCAUAGUAAAUGGCCUAAACGAUUCAUGGUCUCUUUUAAGCCAGAUCGAAUUCAACUCCAUUAUCAGAGCUUACUCAAGAAGAAAACCCAUUUAUGCCAUCCUCUUCUUCCGUGAAAUGAUCAGAAAUGGAGUUUUACCUAACAAAUUCACUUACCCAUUUGCCCUCAAGGCCUGCGCUCUCCUCAAAGCCUUGAAUGAGGGCAAAAUGGUUCAUUGUCGCAUAGCCAAGACCUCAAAACAGUAUGAUAUCCAUGCUCAGGGAUCUCUGGUUCAUAUGUAUGCAAAAUGUGGAUCAAUGAGCUCUGCAAAAUUGGUCUUUGAACUGAUUCCUGUGAAGAAUUUGAUGGCCUAUAAUCAAAUACUUGAUGGGUAUAUAAAACUUGGCUUUUUAGAGGAAGCCUGUAAGCUGUUCGAUGAAAUGGUAGAGAGAGAUGGGUUCUCAUGGAAUGCGAUGAUUGAGGGCUAUGCAAAAAUGGGGGACAUGGUAUCUGCCCAAAGGUUCUUUGACGAGAGCCCGAUAAAAGAUGAAAUCUCUUUUGGCAUUUUGGUCAAUUGGUAUGCCAAAUGGGGCGAUCUCAAAGAGGCUCGCCAAGUUUUUGACAUGAUUCAAGAGAGAGAAAACCCGAUAGCUUGGAACUCCUUGAUUGCUGGUUAUUUGAAAAAUGGCGAAAUUGACGAGGCGCUGUGGCUUUUUACCCAAAUGGGUUGCAAGAAUUCAAUCACAUGGAACAUUAUGCUCAAUGGAUAUUCAAAAUAUAGUGAUAUUGAAAAUGCUCAAACUUGUUUUGAAGAAAUGCCAGAGAGAGAUUUGGUCUCGUAUAAUUCGAUGAUUUUUGCUUAUAUGAAUGCUGGUUUUCAUGAAAGUGCAGCUCAAUUAUUUGAAUCAAUGCCCAAAAAAGAUGUGAUUUCAUGGAAUAUCAUGAUUGGGGGGUAUAGAAGGAAUAGCAGAAAUGUUGAGGCAGUUGGGCUUUUUAGACAAAUGCUUGUAGAGAGAAAAAGUCCUGAUGAAUCCACAAUUUGUACGGUGCUCUCUGCAAUAUCUGACAUGGGUAGUUUGGCGCAAGGCCAGUGGAUCCAUGGCUACAUAGAAAGAGAGAAUAUUUCCAUUGAGUGGGUGGUUGGAGCUGCUCUCAUAGACAUGUAUUGCAAGUGUGGCAGUGUGGAGGUUGCUCUGAAAGUGUUUCUUUCUCUCUCUAGAAAGAGCUUGGAUCACUACAAUUCAAUCAUAGGAGGCUUGGCAUCACAUGGACAUGGGCAAACAGCACUUGAAUUGUUUCUAAAGAUGGAGAGAGAAGGGGUGAAACCCGACAAUUUGACCUUCAUUAGUGUUUUGAGCGCUUGUAGCCAUUCGGGGCUAGUGAGAGAAGGCUAUAUAUGUUUCGAGAUGAUGAGAGAGAAGCACCAAAUCGAACCCAAAAUUGAACAUUAUGGGUGCAUGGUUGAUCUUCUCAGUAGAGCUGGUCUACUAAAGAAAGCCACAGAAAUGGUGCUGGCCAUGCCCUUGAAGCCAAAUGAAUAUAUAUGGAGAGCUCUACUUUGGGGUUGCGUUAACUAUGGGGAUAUCACAAUUGCAGAGCUUGCAGCAAAGGAACUGAUAGAAUUGGAGCCUUAUGACAGUAGCUCUUAUGUUCUGCUUUCAAAUAUAUAUGGGGCGACUGGGAGGUGGAGAGAGAAAGAAGAAAUUCGAGAGAGAAUGAGAGAGAGAGGAGUGAGAAAGGUUCCGGGCUGCAGCUCAAUCGAAAUAUACGGGGUCAGGCACGAGUUUGUUGUUGGGGAUAUGUCGAACGUGCAGUUUAGAGAGAUGCAGGUUGUAUUGGAGGGGUUGAAGCAUGGACUGGUUUGGGAAGGUCAUGAAUAGGAGAGAAGGUUGCAUUUGUUCGACAUUGAUGAGUAGUGGAGUAUGGUUUGGUGAGAGAGAGGUGGGGUGGGGAUACAUUGUUUCUGAUGCAGAGGAGAACCACCAAAUGAGAUUACAUCCAUGACAUGGUGGCAGAGUUCUAGAGAGAGAAUGAUGGUUUAAGGACUUGAAGGUAAGAAUUGUAGAGAGAUUGCUGGUAUGGAAGAGAAUAGUGAGUUUGGCUCCAAUUCAAUUGCUUUGAAGCAAAUUGGGUAUAGAAGAGGACCACGAAACUGAUUCUACUUACAAUGAAGUUGAGGAAGAGUUCCAGGGAGAGAAGGGGAAACAAGAAAUUCUAGAGAGA